CUUCCUAUCGGUCUACAAGCAAGAGGUUCAUCCGGUAUAUUAAUCAUUAUCAAAUGUACACGAAAUAGACCUGCAUGUUUCAACUUGUGAGAAAACACACUGUGUUCGUGAACUGUCUAUCACAGCCAUUCAAGAGCCAUAUUGCCAACUUCUCCUGCCCUCUUUACAUUCAUCGAUCAUCCUUUGCGCUAGAACAAUGGCAUCAGCCCCUGCUGUUGAUAAGCCUACCCGGGCUACGGCAAAACUUUUACAAUACGUUGAUAUUGGUAUCAAUCUCAGCGAUCCCGUCUUUCGAGGGCAGUACCAUGGCAAGCAAGCUCACGAAGAUGACUUCCUGGACAUUCUCCAGCGCGCUCAGGACGUGGGAUGCACGAAAAUGAUGGUCACGGGAUCAGACCUAAAGGAAUCUGAACGCGCAAUUGAGAUUGCUAAACAGCACCCGGGCCUUUGCUACGCCACAGUAGGCGUCCACCCAUGCUCAGCGAAGCAAUUCGACGACUACAAGGACGGCCCAGACGCAUUGCUGUCCGCUCUGUCAUCACUCGCCAAAUCUGCACAAGCAUCCGGCCAUGCCGUUGCAUUCGGCGAGAUUGGACUGGACUAUGAUCGCCUAUUCCUCACGCCGAAGGACCAGCAACUAAAGUAUUUUGAGAAACAGCUCGAUCUGGCAGUCGAACUUCAAUUGCCCCUUUUCCUGCAUUCACGAGCAGCAAGUGAGGAUUUUGAGAGGCUACUGGCACCGGUGUUGGAGAGGCUGCCUAAGAAAGGGCUGGUCCAUAGCUUCACGGGGACGAUGGAGGAGAUGCGGAGGAUGGUGGAUCUCGGGCUCGACGUGGGUGUCAAUGGCUGCAGUAUGAAGACCGAGGAGAACAUUGCUGUGGUCAAAGAAAUCCCGUUGGAGCGGUUGCAGAUCGAGACGGAUGGGCCAUGGUGUGAGAUGAGACCAAGUCAUGCAUCGGCGCAGUACACGAAGAAUGCACCGCCGCUGGUAAAAGCUGUCAAGAAGGAAAAGUGGGCAAAGGGGUGUAUGGUCAAGGGCAGAAAUGAGCCGGCAACCCUGCCUCAUGUGGCUUAUGCUAUUGCAAACAUCAAAGGCAUCCCUGUAGAAGAUGUUUGUGAGUACUCUUGGCGGAACUCUAUCAAGAUGUUCGGGUUAGGAGAGUCGUAACCAUAGUAUCAUUCCGCAGUAUUGCUCUACUGAUGGUAGUGAUCCGUGGUAAAUGAUAGAUUUUGCUCU